GCUGAUAAGAUAAUUGCAAACCGCGUUGAACUCCUCCAGAUUUUCGGCGCGUCUACGGCAGCUCGCGUCUCCCUCGCGUCACAUCUUUCUCGAUUCGUUGUUCGUACGAGUUCACUCGAAGUCUGCCCAUCGUUUACAAGCAUACAAAAUAUCAGUGCAGCUUGUCCUACUCGAUCCUCGUGCUUUACCCCAGGUCACCAUGCUUGCUCUCCAACAGUCGUCAGCACACAAAAGCACAGCCAAUAUCCUACCAUGCCGCAUACACCAUGAUGGACCAACCAAGGUGACAAAAAGAUACUGGUCACCCGCGGACGACAAAGAUGGGACAAAAACAUCCCAUUUUCGAGGACGAAGACUACGUGGUAGAGUCAUUAAAUUGCCCGCCGACUACCAGGGCGUAGUAGCAAAGUCGACGGAUCGGUACCUACCACAAUCAACCAAGUCCCAGUCAGGCCCCACGUUUACCGCCGUCGAUGAAGAUAUUGAGAUUGAGGAAGAAGAGGAGGAGCCUCCGGAACCAGUCAGAAUACUUGAGCAGGUCUCAGCAUUUGAUGAAGUGCUUGUCUGGGGUCAUGAUCAACUCCCCAGCUCAGAUGACCCCUUUGUGAAGGGCAUUGAAGAAUGGAUAUCCUUUGCUGAAGCCAUUCACGGAAAGCCAGCGCAGAAUAUCCCACUACAGCAGACUCAAGAUGGGUCGACAUCUUAAAGAAACAGUGUCCGAACGAGCAUGCUGAACGACCUCUUCAAACUCCAUGCCCUAUGCAGCCGGCUGGAAUCGCCAAGCCA